AUGGCUCAUAGUGAAGAAUUGCCGGAACAACUUUUCGGAAUUCUGAAUUCGCUGAGAAAGUAUGAGGAGAAAUCAGUGGACGGACAAAAUUCAAAAUAUUGCCUAAGUGACGAUUGUCUUGGUAGUCCUUUUCUUCCUUCGAUUCCAAGUUACCUUCGGUAUAUAAAAGAACAACUUCAAUACGAGGAUGAUUUAAGCUCGGAUAUAUAUUGUCACCUUUGGAAAUGGAAAAUUUUAGAGAAAGAUUUGAUUCCUAUAUUUAUGGAAAACAGAGACAUCACUGACGAAAAUCAAAAAAAGUUUGCUCUUCUGUGUGUUGAGUUGUUUGUUAUGAUGACCUCACCACUCGAUCUGAAAAAACUUGAUUUUAUCAAUGAUGAGUCGGAAGAGGAUUAUGAUAUGUCACAGUUUGAUCGGAAAAUGAGUGAGCGCUUAAAAUCACAUACUGACUAUAAGGCAGUAUUUGAGAAGAAUUCAGAAAUAUUUCGAGCGAUAUUAGGUUUCUUGAACACCUAUUUGUCUGAAGAAAGAUGGGAAAUGGGCAGGAGGUCUCGGAAAGACGAUGAUGUCAUUAGAUUAUUAUUAAGCUUUUACAAUAAUUUGGUUGCAAUCGAGGAUGUACCAGUCCAACACGUUCCCGGAGUUGUGAUGCAGCAUCAACUGGUUAUAUUAUAUCAAGAAGGGAAUAUUUUUGAAGCCCUUUUUAAUCUCAUUUCAAACAAGAAAGAAUUAUCGCAGUGGAACUUGAUAAUUUCAGAAAUUUUUUAUCAUACAUUUUAUAAUGUUGAUCCACUAUGGUUUAACCAGGAAUCGGAGAGUAGAGCACAAAAGUUGUUAGAAGAAGAAUUGAAUAAAAAAGCAUCAAACCGUAUGCGAAAUACCCGUCAUAAUGGCACUUACUGGAUAAAUGUACCCGGAAAAGAAUAUACAGUCCGCAAACGAGAUGCAGUUCGAGGGUUAGUGACGGAAGUCGUGGAUAGCAUUAAAAAGGAUAAGCCAACACGAAAACUUCAAGUGGAUGAGUAUGAUAAGAGAAGAAAGUCGGUUAGGCUUCGAGGUCCUGCGCAAGGAUGUUUAAGAUCGGUGGCAACCCUAUUUCUAAAGCGAGCAUUUAAUGAUUUGAUUCCUUCACUCAUGUAUUGUUCGGAUAAAAUGAGAGGAAAGGAUUUUAUUCAUUUUUUUUAUUUGGUGAGGUUUUUCCUCGAGUUCAGGAAUCAUUUGCAAGAUCAUGAAUCUAUUGAAGAGUUGACGUUUGAUGAAUUCACGACGUCGCAACCGCAACAUAAUUUUGAUUAUGUUACCAAUAUAAUUUCCCUGCAAGGAUUUUAUUUUGUCUUCAAUCAGAUUGUUAACGAUAGGAAUGAUAAGUUGUGGUCUAAUAUACAUUUCGGACUUGAAUGUUUGAAACAAAUGCUAUUAACCUUAAAAGCGAUGAAGAGAUCAAGUAACAGACAAGUCCGUUAUAAUGCCGAAUACAUUAUAAACAAGAUUUAUUACAAUCAAGAUAAUCUAAACUUGAUGAUACUCCUCAUUAAAGAUUAUAAGGAACAAUCAUUUGGAUAUCUGCAAAGUUUAAUAUCUACGACACAUAUUCUCCUUGAAAGACUUGAGAGCUGUUCAAAAACAAAAUAUGAGAUUGUCGUGAACUCGCGGACAAGUAAAAAUGACCUUUUGACAGAUGAUGAUGGUGACCAAGAAGAUGAAGGAUGUGAUCAAACAGUAAUGGAAUUUUCUAAAGUUGAGCGCGAGUCCUGUGAAAAUCAUAAAUGCAUUUUUGAAUUAUUUGAGAAGAAAUUCGUUAAUGAUUCCGUCAUCUCGACUUUUUGUAAUUACUUGGAAAGAUAUAAAGACCUUGAUCCGGAAAGUCUCGACCAAAUUACAACGAUGUUUCAUCGUAUAAGCGUUCAUUGUUCAUCCGAGAAGGUCUUCUUUAAGAUGUCAGUCCUAGAACUUCUGAACCGUAUAUUACUGGAUUAUAGAGAUAGAGAUAAAUAUUUAUCCGACCAACAGAAAAACCUGAAAGAGUUUGCCUUGUUCAUAACCGAAAAAUUACUUGAACACGUAGAGAAUAACAAAUUAUCAUUUGUUGAGCUUUUUCUCAAAAGUACUCAUUUUCUUGAUCAAGAGGACAAUUCUAGCGAUGAUAAUGAUUAUCAAGAGAAACCUAUUAAACAAAAGGCACGAUCGAAGAAGUGCGUCGAACUCGAAGUAAUACCAAGUAUACAUUUGGACGAAAAACUUGGUGUCGCGGUAGCUUUAAUUUUUGAUGAGGGCAAAUUUAAUUUACUAAGGUGGAUUCAGAGGUAUCUGGAAAAAGUGGCGGAAGAAAGAAGAUCUUUCGAACUUGAUGAUGAUCCAAUGAAUGUCUCGGCUUUCGGACUACCAAUAGAACCGCCAAAAUUAGUCUCCAAUUAUGCAAUUGAACCCGAUAGUGAAGAACUCGAAAAUGCGUUUGAAAACGAUUCUAAAUUCCGAUUACUGCUUGAUGUCAUGUGUCUUCAUAGGGAAGAUGAUGAGGAUCGAACUAGGUGGUUUGUUCCUGAUUCAUUUUCAAGCGAUGACAUAUUAAAUUUAAGUAGAAGGAUCGAUGAAUUCAUGGAAAAACCUUUUAUGCCUUCAGAGGACACUACUUUAUCUGACUUAAUUCGAAAGAAGCGCAAACGCAGGAUGCGUAAAUCACGCAGUGAUGAUGCCGUAGAGUCAAAAUCGAAGAGGAGGAAAAAAGAAAAGAAUGUGAUGCCAGAUCAAGUAGUAAAUCACGAGCCUGAUUUGAAUAAUGAAUCUUCGCCUGAGGAAGGCAAGUCUUCGGAGGACACGAACUCUGAUAUCGAAUCUAAUGGUGGUUCUUCGUCUCCAGUUAAUAGCCCAAGCUCAGAAAUUGAUAUAGAUGAGGAAAUUAUCUACAAAAGACAUCGUUCUACAGUAUACAAAGAUCUUGAUAAUGACGCUGUAGAAGAUAUUUUAUCCAAUAGUGUUAACGAUUAUUCAUUAGAGAAUAUUCUAGCUUAG